AUGUUCAAUAACAAUAAUAAUAAUAUUCAAUGUCCAAAUGACAUUAAGUGUGGAAAUGAGACUGUUGAGAAGAUUAAAUCCCAACUUUCUCUAAUUGAUCCAUCUGGAUCACCUAAUGCUUAUAUCUGUUCAUCUGGAGGUGUCCUCAACCUGGAUAAUUUUGAAAAGGGUCUCAAAACCAUUAAAUAUAUUCCGGCAAGUGUAUCCAACCUUGGUCCAGUGUCUUUGAGUGUGAUUGAAAAGUACAAGAAGUUGGGAUUGAGCCCAAGUGAUAUUACCGUAUACUUUAUCACCAAGUCCUAUGAUGGUACCGAUGUCAAUGAUAACAAAGCCUUGUAUGCCUUGGUCCAAGCUGGUCUUGAUGUAGUGAUCGUCGAGUCCGUCAGUGCACCAAAGACUACAACACUUGAAGCCGUGAAAUAUAUCCAGUUGGACCAACUCUUGGACCAUGUCCGAUCAACUUGUUCUGGUGUUCCAAUUAUUACCAAGGUGUUCCUCGAGGAAGACAAGAUUCAAAAGGUCCAUGAUGAUCUCAAUCUCAAGAUCUACAUCAGAUGUACCGGUUGCCGUUUGCUCAAGGGUACCCAGGUUGAGUUCUCGGACAACCCCUUCUACAGUCCGUUCUUGUGGACCCUUGAUGAAGACUCCAAUUCCACGUGGCAACUUAUUCAUGUGACUUUGGAAGCCAAGUCCAAGAAGUUUGACCUGCCACCUGCGUGUGUCAACUUCAUCGUGAGGAUGCCAAACUCCAAGAUUGAGGUAAGUGGCUCCAUUGAGGUACCACUUGCCCUGUUCACUGGAGAGCUUGUCACGCUAUAUGAUAUUUGUUUCAUCUUGGAAGGACUUCAAGGUAUUGGCAAGUCCACACUCCUGAACACUCUCUUCAAUGUGUUUACGAUUGGCAAAAUCAGAAAUCUUAUUCAAACAUCCAAAGAGGCUGGCCAGUCCAACACAAAAACCUAUAGCUACUAUCCAAUCCAUAAGUUGUUGCAAGAGGAAGAGGAUGCACCAAGACUGUACAAAGACAUGAUUGAUAAGCUACGCUGGAUUAUGGGAGACAAGGCUGGUAUGAUGUUGUUAGCCAAUGGCGAGCGUAUCAACUACAGUGUCAUGGCUCACCAGUUUGAUGGUCGUUUUGCCAAUGGAAGCGAGACGAUGGGCGACAGUAACGCCAACUACAAGGUCCACUGCUGCAUUAUUGUGACGACACCAGCCGUGUUCUCUGAGCCCGAGACAUCGCCUGCACUCAAACUGAUCAAGGAGAAGAUGGUGGAGUCCAAUCAGAAUGGCCAGCAGUCCAUACUGGUCGUUACCAAGUGUGAUUUACAGACUGCCGAGGGUCUGGAGAAGCUCAAGACUGCGCUGGCCCAGUGUCCCACUGAGAAGGGCAACAUCUUCCUGGUCGACAGCUACAUCGACAACUCCUUGGAUCGCGUCUCUAGAAAGGAUCGCACCAGCUUCCGCCUGCUGUUGAAGAUAAAGGAGGAGGCCUCCAAGCGUGUCAAGAAGUUCAAGAUGCAGCAAGAGAUCGAUGCGUACAUGGCCAACGAGAGGAGGGACUAUGGAGGUCCAGGUCCAGCUGGACUUGCAGGUGUUCGACCGAAUCAACAGCAGCCAGAUCAAGGCCAACAACAGAGACCGGUGAUCGGCUUGAACACGCACAUGCCAGUGGGCGUGCCAUUCCUCAACAACAGGCCACCAUUGCCAACUAGUGUGAAGGUCACGGUAGAGACACAGGACGCCGUGGACACAUUCCAAGUGCCAUUCAGAUCGACCUUUGACAGUCUGUGCGAGACCAUCGAGAGUGACCUCGGUCUCGAUAUGGAGACGAUGACAUGCAAGUUUAAUGGUUGUCAUCUUCGCGACCCCAACCAUAUGUUUGAAGAGGAUUGUAAGAUAGUCGUAAUGCCAAAGAUGCCUGCUACAGUCAACUCCAACUCCAAGACCAAUUCCAAGACCAAGCCAACAUCAUCAACUUCUUCAACAACUACUUCAUCAUUAUCAUCAUUGGCAUCGUCGAUGUUUUGA